AUGGCACAAUCUCGUAGAGACAAAAAGUUGACUGGAGCGGACACGUUUGAAAGUUUGUCUGAAGUUUUCCGCUGCUUUAUAUGUAUGGAGAAGCUUAAUAACGCUCGUUUGUGUCCACACUGUUCGAAGUUGUGUUGCUACAAGUGUAUAAGAAAAUGGAUCACAGAAACACGGUCUCAGUGCCCCCAUUGCCGGGCUUCGUUGCACAUUUAUGAAUUAAUUAAUUGUCGUUGGGCUGAUGAAGUUACUCAACAGUUGGAUAAUUUGCAAUCUCAAGCUACUUCAUCUAGAUCUGGUAUUGGUCAAAAUGACUUGCUGGGAGGAGCAUCAGUUAAUAAUGCAUUAUCAACAUCUAGUAUUGAGGUUUGUGAAUUGCACAAUGAACGCUUAUCUGUAUUUUGUACAACAUGUGGCUAUGCUAUCUGUCACCAAUGUGCAUUAUUUGAUAAUGAUCAUGAACAGCAUUCAUUUCGUCCAUUAGAUGAUGUUUAUAAUGAACAUGUAAAACAGAUAAAGAAUGAAAUGGAUCAAUUUAAACGUAGACAUUUAGAAUUAAUAUCAUUACUUCAAGAUGUUGAGAAGAAUGUACAGGCUGUAAAACAAGCCAAAGAAGAACGUGUUCGAGAAUUACGCAAUGCAGUUGAAUUAAUGGUAGCGCGUUUAGAUUCACAACUAAAAUCGAAACUAGUUACUCUAAUGAGUCAACGUAGUCAAUUAUUUCAAGAAAUUGAAUCACUUGAAAAUCUUUUGCAUGAUGUUCAAUAUGCGGUAGAUGUUGCGAAACCGUCUGAAAUGGUAGAACGAUCAUCUGAAAUUUUAGCACUGCUUAGUGAUGUACAUUGUAAACCUAUGGCUUCGUUUGUUAGUGCGCCUGUACCAGCUGACUUUGUAAGUGAAAUUGUACCUCCUUAUGAAUCGAGUACAUUCACACUCCAGCCUUAUUCCAUUAUGAAACAAAGAGCUGAUCCUGUAUAUAGUCAACCAUUACAUGUAGGUGGUUUAAGCUGGCGUCUUAAAGUUUAUCCUGAUGGGAAUGGUGUUGUACGUGGUAAUUAUUUAUCGGUGUUUUUAGAAUUGUCUGCUGGAUUAUUAGAAGCAUCCAAAUAUGAAUAUCGUGUAGAAAUGGUUCAUCAACAAUCUCGUGAUCCUAGUCGCAAUAUUGUACGUGAAUUCGCUUCACAUUUUGAAGUUGGUGAAUGUUGGGGUUAUAAUCGUUUCUUCCGUUUGGACUUAUUAGUUAAUGAAGGUUAUUUAAAUAGUGAAACAGACUCGAUACUACUUAAAUUCCAAGUAAGAGCGCCAACUUACUUUCAAAAGUGUCGUGACCAAAUUGGCAUAUUUCACAACUUGAAGCGAAUCAAGGUCAUUGUUUUACGCAGUUAG